AUGCGCGCCCCUGCGCCAAUCACGGUGCCGCACGCGAACCGCUCGCGCAGCCAGCCCGGGAAUGUUUAUUUCCUUUUUCUUCUCUUCUCUCUUCUCUUUGUGGUUUUCUUAAUGAGUUCGGGGGAGCUUCCUUGUUACACGCUCAUUCAUGUGCCCACUGAUGCCGAUCUCCCAAAUGAAGCACAACUGAAGGAAAAAUUUGAGAAAGGAUCAGACAAAGAAAAAACUGAAGCUUUGAAAAAACUGAUUUAUAUGAUUCAAAAUGGCGACAAGGUUGGACAGGGAAUGCUCAUGUACGUCAUCAGGUUUCUACUACCAUCGAGUGAUCACACGCUCAAGAAGACUUUGUUGAUCUUCUGGGAAGUUGUACCCAAGACAAACGCUCAAGGAAAGUUGCUCCAAGAAAUGAUCCUAGUUUGCGAUGCAUACAGGAAGGAUCUUCAACAUCCGAACGAAUUCGUACGUGGAUCUACUCUCAGGUUCCUUUGCAAGCUGAAAGAACCCGAACUAUUAGAGCCUUUGAUGCCGUCGAUUAUUGGUUGCUUGGAGCAUCGUCACUCGUACGUGCGAAGAAAUGCUGUUUGUGCAAUUUUCACCAUUUACAGGAACUUCGAGUUUUUAAUCCCUGAUGCUCCGGAACUAGUCUCUAACUUUCUUGAAGGAGAACAGGAUGCUUCUUGCAAACGUAAUGCGUUCAUGAUGCUUCUUCACGUUGAUCAAGCUCGUGCACUCGAUUAUUUGUCAGGAUGUAUUGAUCAAGUCGCCCAGUUUGGUGACAUUCUACAGCUUAUCAUUGUUGAACUGAUCUAUAAGGUAUGUCAUGCAAAUCCUGCCGAAAGAUCUCGCUUUAUCCGCUGUGUUUACAAUUUACUACAGUCCUCUUCAGCUGCGGUGAGAUAUGAGGCAGCAGGCACGCUAGUGACCCUUUCUGCUGCGCCCGCUGCGAUAAAAGCUGCUGCACAAGCUUACAUCGAUUUGAUUGUCAAGGAAAGCGACAACAACGUGAAGCUCAUCGUGUUGGAUCGACUUAUGGAAUUACGUCAGACUCCAUCUCACGAAAAAGUGCUCCAGGAGUUGGUUAUGGAUAUUUUGAGAGUACUAUCUUCUCCCGGGCUCGACGUUCGUCAAAAGACGCUGAAUCUCGCUUUGGAUCUUGUAUCAAGCAGGAAUGUUGAGGAUAUGGUCAUGUUCUUAAAGAAGGAAAUCGCCAAAUCUACUUCGGAGCCAGCUGAUGAAGCUGGAAGAUAUCGUCAAGCUCUUGUCAAGACUCUUCAUGCGGCGACAAUCAAGUUCCCUGAUGUGGCUCCAUCUAUUGUUCCAGUACUCAUGGAAUUUCUCUCUGACGAAAAUGAAGUUGCUGCGCAAUACGUCUUGCUGUUUGUUCGUGAGGCUGUGCACAAGCUCCCACACCUAAAAGAGACCAUUCUUCACUCCUUGCAGGAAGGGCUUCCUUCCAUUCGAAAGCCAAAAGUGUUCAUGGCUGCGCUUUGGAUCCUCGGCACGUACUGUGAGAAUGAUGCAGCUGUACUUUCUGUGCUUCGACUUGUAAAAAAUUCCCUUGGCGAACUACCGCUUGUGGAAAGCGAGAUGCGCAUGAUGGAGGGCGAGGAACCUGCUCAAGAAGAUGCGACUGAGAAAAAGACAACUUCCAAGCAGUUAGUGACUGCAGAUGGUACCUAUGCCACGCAGUCCGCUCUUUCCGUGUCUACCAAGGCAAGUAAUAAGGAAAAGCCACCGCUCAGACAAUUUCUUCUUGAUGGUGAUUUCUUCCUUGGAGCUUCGCUGGCUACAGUACUCAAUAAACUUGCAGAACAAUUUACCAAGAGUAAUGGAGCUGGCUCACAGCGUGCCAAUCGUUUUCGUGGUGAAUGUAUGUUUAUUCUUGCUUCAAUAAUCAAUCUCGGAAAAAGCGGCCUCGCUAAACAGAAUAUCACUGAAGAUGAUCUUGAUAGAAUGGGAACGACCAUCAAGCUCUUGGCUCAGGGCUGUACCGACUUGGACGAUGCCUUUGUGGAAAAGUGCAAAGAUAGCUUGGAACUGAUGCUGGCUAGUCGCCACCAGGAUAAGACUGAUGAGUUUUCUAUGAAGAAGAAGAACAUUAUCGAGGUCGACAAAACUAUAAUGUUCACGCAACUAAGUGCUCGAGCUGAUGCCAGCAUCGGAGAAAAUCUUUUCGAUCUUUCACUCUCUCAAGCCCUGGGAACCGCUCCAAAAACACAGAAAUUCGAUUUUUCGAGCUCAAAACUGGGGAAAGUGAUUCAAUUAGCAGGUUUCUCGGAUCCAGUGUAUGCCGAAGCGUAUGUUAGUGUCAAUCAGUAUGAUAUUGUUUUGGAUGUCCUUAUCGUAAAUCAAACCGCUGAUACGCUACAAAAUGUCUCGCUGGAAUUGUCGACAGUGGGUGACCUUAAGCUUGUCGACAAACCCACUCCAAUUACUCUAGCGCCAGCCGAUUUCGCCAAUAUUAAGGCUACUGUGAAAGUUGCUUCUACGGAAAAUGGCGUAAUCUUUUCCACCAUAUCUUAUGAUGUACGUGGCUCAACUUCUGAUAGAAACUGCGUAUAUCUGCAAGACAUCAAAAUUGACAUUAUGGAUUACAUCGUACCUGGCAACGUUAGCGACGCCGAGUUUAGGCAAAUGUGGUUUGAUUUUGAGUGGGAAAAUAAGGUUACUGUAAACACCCCGAUCACAGACCUGAGAGAAUUUUUGCAAUAUCUAUCGACAGUUACUAACAUGAAGAUCUUGACUGGGGAUGCCGCUAUAGAGGGUGAUUGCGGAUUUUUGGCUGCUAAUUUAUGUGCACACUCAAUAUUUGGAGAAGAUGCGUUGGCUAAUGUAUCGAUAGAGAAAGCAUCUCCUUUGGAUGAAGGGUCCCCUAUAGUAGGACACAUCCGAAUCAGAGCGAAGAGUCAAGGCAUGGCCCUCACCCUUGGUGAUAAGAUCAACAUAGCACAACGAGAGCGAAGGGCAGUUGCGGCGUAAUAAUAUGGAGUAAAUUAUCUAUUAAGUCAUAUCGCAAUCUAUAAGCUGGUGAAGAAAUGUGUUGUUGGAUUUUUUGGCAUGUUACUGUAUGCAGUUUUCUGUGUUCGGUUCUAUGUGUUCAAUAAAGUGGGUUUCGCAGAAC